CAAUGACCGAUAAAACAGAGAAGGUGGCUGUAGAUCCUGACGCCGUGUUUAAACGUCCCAGGGAAUGUGACAGUCCUUCGUAUCAGAAAAGGCAGAAGAUGGCCCUGUUGGCAAGGAAACAAGGAGCAGGAGACAGUCUUACCGCAGGCUCUGCCAUGUCCAAAGGAAAGAAGCUUAUGACAGGAGAUGCUAUUCCACCCAGCCAAUUGGAUUCUCAGAUUGAUGACUUCACUGGUUUCAGCAAAGAUGGGAUGAUGCAGAAACCUGGUAGCAAUGCACCUGUGGGAGGAAACAUUACCAGCAGUUUCUCUGGAGAUGACCUAGAAGGCAGAGAAACAGUCCCUUUUCCUAAAAGCCAAGAAGAAAUUAAUGCUGAUAUAAAACGUCAAGUAGUGAAGGAAAUCCGAUGCAUUGGACGAAAUAUAUGAGCCAAGACUUUGUUCAGCUCCUUGAGAAGAAACUGGAACAUAUGAUUUGGGAGUACUUGUCCAUGGAGGAUUAUC